AUGGAAUCUUCCAAGACGUUCAUGAGACACCUGCCAAUCACACCAGGUUAUAGUGGCUUCGUGCCGUACCUUAGCUGCGAGGGAAUCUCCGUCGAGGAUGACAUGUCCCACUGUCUGAAAACCUUCCAGGAGAACACACAGCGAUAUAAAGACCGGCUGGAGGAACUCCGCUGCUCCGUGGCCACUGCCCAGAAACUAAAGCCCACCUGCUCCGAGGAGAUGGUCUUGCAGGCCCUGCACCAGUACCACCAGCAGUACCACCCCAUGGAGCUGGAAUGCAAAGACGUCAAGAGACCUCUCCAGGAGCCCCCGAUCCCUGGCUGGGCAGGCUACCUGCCGAGGGCCAGGGUCACUGAGUUAGGCUGUGCCACACGGUACACAGUCAUGGCCAGAAACUGCUACAGAGACUUCCUGGACAUCACGGAGCGGGCCAAGAGAGCGCACCUGAAGCCGUGUGAGGAAAUAUACGGAGUUAGGUCUACACAACCUCCUCCUGCCCCUUCUCCAAAAGUUUUGCAGCACAAAGGGCUGCUGCCAAAAUAUCCGGAUUUCUCUAUUCCAGGUGGUAGCUGUCCUGCCCUUGGAAGACCCAUGAUAGAGGACCCCAGGCCUCCACUGAUGUGUGGCUAUGCUCAGAGGCCAAAUGUGUCAUGCAACAGGAAGAGUUAUCUAGAACCACUGAACUCAGCAAAGUAUACGGAAGGCUAG